AUGAACAAGAAAGAUCUCCAAGCUGGAAAAAAGCGUUCUCCGGAGACAACCGAAGCUUGGAUUCUUGGGAGUGGGACCGCAUCCUUUGCGGCCGCAUUGUAUCUUGUUCAGAAUGUCAAGAUACCUGCCCCCAAGGUACAUGUCCUGGAUUCCAACGUGUCAAUCGAAAAUGCCCUGCACCACAAGGGUAACUCUAUGGCCGGAUAUGACCAGUUCGCAGGGUGCUUGCCUGUUCCGGUCGGCACACCUUUGAAAGAGCUCCUUGCUUCUGUCCCUUCGGUCGGGAACCAGGGACAGACUGUUUUGGAAGACAUUCAGAACGCAGAAAUAAACCGAACAUCUGUUACAUAUGAUCACGGCACACGUUUCGUGGUGAAAAGGAAUAGCACUCUGAGAAAUAUCCCUACCAAGUCAUUGAACUUGAGCUCUAAACAACGUCUGCAGCUAAUAUGGUUUAUUCUGAAGCGGGAGAAACGUUUAGGGAGAAACCAGAUACAAGACUGUUUGCCCAAUAGCUUCUUCCAAAGCUCAUUUUGGGUUGUCUGGUCUGCUCAAUUCGGCUUUCAGACAUGGCAUAGUGCAGCAGAAUUCAGGCGUUCUCUCCGUCUAUACCUCAACGAAUUCCACAGCUUGAGUAUCUUGAGCUGCCUGGAUAUUACGGGUUACUACCAGCAUGAGUAUAUUCUCAUGCCCGUGUAUCGAUUUCUUCACAGCCUGGGGGUGGAUUUCCAGUUUGACACGAAGGUUGCCGAUAUUGCGAUGAUUUCCCACAACAGUCACCAAACCAUUUCACAACUGGAGCUUAUUCAGGGAGGAUUUGGAACACGGAAACAACUUGGACAAAACGACAUUGUUAUCAUGACACUAGGAUCUACUGUCUCCGGCUCAGCAACAGGAACGAACGACCAUCAACCAAUUUGGCAGCCAGUCGAAACAGGCGAGGAACUGGACGAAAAUUGGUCACUAUGGUUGGAACUUGGAACCAGAGACCGCAAAUUCGGCAAUCCCUAUAAUUUCUGCACUCGUAAACCUGAAUCGAUGAUGGAAUCCUUCACAAUCACUACUGAGGAUUUAACCUUUUUCCAGCAGAUCAGUGCAUUAUCACAUUCUAUGGUCGGCGCUGGAGCAUUCAUCACCUUACCCGAAAGUAACUGGAGAUUGAAUAUCUGUAUUCCCACACAGCCGGUUUUCUUCGAGCAGCCGUACAACGUGCGCAUUCUUUGGGGCUUUGCACUCUUUCCGUGGGGUAAAGGGAGCUACGUGAGGAAGCCAAUGCUCGAGUGUUCGGGCGCAGAGAUCAUGACCGAACUGCUCUGGCAUCUGGAAAUCCUGCCCGAGAUAAUCAUUCGGCGCACUGUGACCAUUCCGCGCGUGAUGCCCAGAAUGAGUAGCAUUCUAUUAGCCCACUCCUCGCGCGACCGCCCUGAGGUCAUACCCCAGAAUACCUGCAAUAUUGGCUUGAUUGGGCAAUUUGUAGAUAUGCCGCGGUAUUCGUGCGCAGACAUGAGUUACGGUGUUCGGACAGCGCAGAUGUUCGGUAUGCUCACCAACCCGCUUAAGGUUCCCUGCUUACUUUAG